CUAUUUUUUCCUGUCUUACUUGAAUAUUAGGUUAUCUGUGCGUAUCUGUAUUUAAUUGUAGAUUUAAGCUUCUCGUUUUAAUCGAGAAAAGAGGUACACAUUACCACCAAGAUGCAAUCAUCUCAUAGUGAUUAUCAGCAAGCAAACCUAUUAUCCUGGCAACAGCAGCAAAACCUGCCACAGCUGACAGCCAUGCAACUGUCCGAUAGAGAUCCGUCUGUAACGAUUGAUGACUUGACUAUGUCUGGUCGGAUGGAAGACGAGGAUCCAGAGAACUUCAGUGGACAUCCUAAUAAGAAGUCUGGCAGGAGAAAAAUCAAAAUAGAGUACAUUACCGAUAAAUCAAGACGACAUAUUACAUUUUCGAAAAGAAAAGCAGGAAUUAUGAAAAAGGCUUAUGAACUUAGUACAUUGACAGGUACACAGCUUUUACUGUUAGUUGUUUCUGAGACAGGCCUCGUAUACACCUUCACUACACCAAAAUUACAGCCAUUGGUAACCAAGCCGGAGGGCAAAAACUUGAUUCAGUCCUGCUUAAAUGCACCAGACCCACUAAUGAAUGAGGCAUCACCAUCCUCCGCUACUGCUACUAUUGCAGCGAUUAAUAAGAUGACGACGCCUUUAGAGACGUCCACAGAUUUAAAAGAAUACCAGUCAUCACUCGAUAAUAAUUUUAACCCAAACCAAAUGCAACAGUCUCAGUCCAUGCUGUCAAAUAGUAGUAAUCCAGAUAUAUUGACUUCCCCAAUCCCCAGCAAUGGAAGUAUAUUAAAUCCAAAUUUCCGUGGGUCAGACCAAGCUGUGGCCUCGAUUUAUGAUUCAAACAACAAGGUAUACCAUCAGUGCAAAUUAAAGUAUUGCUUUGAUGUUUCUUCGAAUAAACUAUUGAAGUACACUACACAUGGCAAUUAAAUUGCUCCAACAUAGGUAUUUCAUAGCAAUCUGUUUUCUACCUCUGCAGCAAACCCCUCUUUUAUGUUUCUGAAUAAAAUUGGGACUACCUACGUGCAGAUGCCUCCCGAUUAUACUUCUAUGGAUCACACGCCAAUAGGAUAUGGUACUUCUGCAAAGCAGGCAAGCAAUUCUUCAUCAUACUCUUACGAUGUUCUUGGAGAAACCGAAGGCAAUAAUAAGCAAUACAUAUGCAAUGCUGCAAUUAGAUACCCACAAUUUCAAGACCAUUAAGGUUGGCUGUCAAACAAAAAGCAAAGCGCGAACAGAGUAUGUCACUCGUAUAAUGCUUUCUGUACAUUAUUAUCAUUAUACCACGCGUUAAAUUAUUCCUGUGUAGUAUCGCAUUCCUUUCAUUAAUAUACUCAUUGCUGUCAUUUAAUUGCAAGUAUACGAAAUAUAGUAAACUUAUCAAAACUACAUGAUGUAUUAUUCCUAAUUCACC